CCGGUGCGUGGUACCCGGCGCCUGGUGCUCAGGCUGACGAAGACCAUGGCGUUCAUGGUGAAAACCAUGGUGGGCGGCCAGCUGAAGAACCUUACCGGGAGCCUGGGGGGCGGCGACGACAAAGGGGACGGGGAAAAGUCGGCGGCAGAAGCACAGGGUAUGAGCCGAGAGGAGUACGAGGAGUAUCAGAAGCAACUGGUGGAAGACAAGAUGGAGCGGGACGCGCAUUUCACCCAGAGGAAGGCAGAGCGGGCCACGCUGCGGAGCCACUUCCGAGACAAAUACCGUCUACCCAAGAAUGAGACAGAUGAAAGCCAGAUCCAGAUGGCAGGAGGAGACGUGGAGCUGCCCCGAGAGCUGGCCAAGAUGAUUGAGGAGGACACAGAGGAGGAGGAGGAGAGGGCCUCUGUCCUCGGGCAGCUGGCCAGUAUCCCUGGCUUGGACCUCGGUUCACUCAAGGACAAGGCCCAGGCCACACUGGGGGAUCUCAAACAGUCAGCUGAGAAGUGCCACAUCAUGUGACCACCUCCCAUGGGUUGCCCAGGGGGGUGACUGCAGGGAUGGGCCCACAUGAGGACUAAGAAUAAGUCUGAACUUCCAGAGACCCACACCCCAUCAUGGGCUUUGUUUCCCCUGCCCUACCUGGGUCCCAGGACCCUUCUCACCCAUGUCCCAAGCCUGUCUUUUGGUCUCUCCCUUUCCACUGGGAGCACAGUCUCUAUUCCUCACCUUUUCCCCUAAGAGCCAUGCCCCCUACUCACCUGGGGAGUCCACCCAAAGUUGUCAGGAAAUGCCCAGCCCUCUCUUGCCACGGUCCCAAGUUUCUGUCCCCAGGAGUACCACAGAGAGGCACAAAAACUCUGGCAUGGGCAGAGAUAUAAGCCUCAGACAAAUCCUGGAAUAUACAGACACACACACAGGCCAGCUCCCCUGGGUUCCCAGCCUCUCUAGAUCCCAACACUCAGAUACCUUCAGAGGUGGCUGUAGGUAGACACAGACCCACAGCAAACAGGAGGCCUGAGUUUGAGUCUCCACCUCUACCAUCCUUGAAAGUCACUGCUCUUCCUGGGCCUCAUUUCGUCAUCGGUAAAAUGAGGAUGUACAAGGUGACUUGUCUAGCUUGGCCUCCCUGCCCCUCGGAGCCACCGCCAUCCACCCCCCUUCUCAGGCAGGGCAGCAGCUGCAGCCACAGCCUCAAGCCUCCUUGGGCAGCCAGUGCCUCAACCGUGGUCUCUGGCUCUUGGGAGCUGAACGACGCUGUGUGAGGGGCUGAGUGCCAAGGCUGAAGCUGGCACUGAAGGGCAGCCAGGCAGCUCCAGGCCUUCUGUGGGCCUGGGGCCCAGCCUGUUUCUGUUCUGUUCCCGUAGAACUCUCUCUGGAUUCCAUGGCCGAGUUCUCCUCUCCUAGCUCAGUGAAAAAUAA